AUGCUGUUUCUUGGGCUGUUGUUGCUGCUGACACUGUUGGCUGGCAGCUGCCUGCUGUGGGGCCAGAGGAAACUCAGGGGCUUCCACCUCCCUCCUCGUGCCCCAGGCUUCCUGCACUUUCUGCAACCCAACCUCCCCAUCUAUCUGCUCGGCCUCACUCGGAAACUCGGGCCCAUCUACAGGCUCCGCUUGGGGCUUCAGGAUGUCGUGGUGCUGAACUCCACCAGGGCCAUCGAGGAAGCCAUGGUCAGAAAGUGGGCAGACUUCGCUGGCAGACCCCGGGUACCAUCCUACAAGCUGGUGUCUCACAACCAUCCAGACCUGUCACUAGGGGACUACUCCCUGCUCUGGAAGGCCCAUAAGAAACUUGCCCGCUCAGCCCUGCUACUGGGUGUCCGUGAAUCCAUGGAGUCCCUGCUGAAGCAGCUGACUCAGGAGUUCUGUGAGCACCUCAGAGUCCAGGCCAGUGCCCCCCUGGCCAUCCAGAAGGAAUUUUCUUUCUUUGCCUGUAACAUCAUCUGCUGCCUCACCUUUGGAAAAAAGGAUGACACCCUGGGACAUGCCAUUUAUAAUUGUGUUCAGGAUGUCAUGAAAGCUUGGAACCACUGGUCCAUCCAAAUUUUGGACUUGGUUCCUUUCCUCAAGUUCUUCCCCAACCCAGGGGUCUGGAAGCUGAAGAAGAUCAUGGAAAAAAGGGACAAAAUUGUAGAGCAGCAGCUGAGGCAGCACAAGGAGAGUUUGGUGAUGGGCCAGUGGAGAGAUAUGAUAGACUACAUGCUCCAAGAGCUGGGGCGGCCGAGAGAGGACAGUGGUUCUGGACAGCUCCUUGAAGGGCACGUGCACAUGGCCGUGGUGGACCUUUUCAUUGGUGGCACUGAGACCACAGCGACCACCCUCUCCUGGGCUGUGGCUUUCUUGCUUCACUACCCUGAGGUUCAGCAUCGACUGCAGAAGGAGCUGGACCUCCAACUGGGGCCCGGGGCUUCAAGCUCCCAGGUCCUAUAUAAGGACCGAAUGCGACUGCCCUUGCUCAAUGCCACCAUCUCAGAGGUGUUACGCCUUCGGCCUGUGGUGCCCUUGGCCUUACCCCACCGCACCAUCCGGCCCAGCAGCAUCCUUGGCUACGACAUCCCUAAGGAUACAGUCAUCAUCCCUAACCUCCAAGGUGCCAACCUUGACGAGAUGGUCUGGGAGCGGCCACAGGAGUUCUGGCCUGACCGAUUCCUGAAGCCUGGCAAGAACCCCAAAGUGACAUCCUUUGGCUGUGGGGCACGCGUGUGCCUAGGAGAACCGCUGGCGCGUGUGGAACUCUUCAUGGUACUGGCCAACCUGCUCCAGACCUUCACGCUGCUGCCUGAGGGUGCCCUGCCCUCUCUGCAGCCCCAGCCCUACAGUGGUGUGAACCUUCUGAUGCAGCCUUUCCAGGUGCGGCUGCAGCCCCGGGACCUGGGGGCCCCAGGGCAUGACCAGUGCCAGUGA